AUGGGCAUAACCUGCCCCAAAGGUGAAGGGCAAAGUCCCAGAGGGACCACCACCCCUCCACACAUAGGAGAUCCCGUGGUGAUUGAUGCUCAUGUCACCCUUCUGCUGGCCUGGUUGGAGAAAGGCUGGCAGACCAGAGUGAAACUGCUGGAACAGAUAACCAGGGAACAUGAGCGGUACAGCGCUAACGUCAACCAGUUUCAAUCGUGGCUGAAUGGUGUGACAGAAAGAUUAAACUGCUGCGUCGGAGAAGCAACCAAGUCAUCAGCUGAGGACAAGUUAAAGGCACUGAAGAAAAUUGCCAAAAAUAUUAGGAGUGGUGAAAAGAAAUGGAAGCACCUUGAAAAUCAGUGUGCAGAGGUGAUUCAGAAUACUUCCCCACUUGUAGCUGAGAGAAUGAAGGAUGAACUCGAAGAGCUAAGAAAAGCCUUAGAGAAGAUUAAACUGAUUAGUGAGGAGGAGGAGAGAUUGCUUAAAAUCCAACAGUCGAAAAGUACCUAUGAGUCCCAAGCCAGACAAUUAGAAGCAGACAUUCAGGAGUUGAGAGAAGAUCUACAGAGACUAGAAGAUGGUCUGGACCCUGGGGAAGCAGAAAAGACCGAAGAGGAGUUGUUAAUUCUGUGGAAAAAAUGCAGUGCAACAAGAACAGCUCUGGCUGCAGAAGAGUUCAAGAUUGAGAAGCUGAAGGCUCAGCUUAAGGAACUGCUACGGUUUUCCCAAGAUGUGCAGCCACACACUGAGAGCGUUGUCUCUGCAAUACAGCACUACAAAAGUGUUAGAGGCAAGACAUCUAAAAUGAGCACUGAUACAGAAAUCCAACUGAGAAGACUCUUUCAAAAUCCCCUGCAAGAUUUUGAACAGUGGAAACCAUCAGUCCAGAUGCUUCUGGAGACUCCAAAGCCAGCGCUGGCUCACAUUGAGGCUGCUCUAGCUGAAAGCUCUCAGUUCAAAGAGAAGUUGAUGACAUUACAACUGAAGAAAGAUUUUCUAAACAGCGUCCUUGGUGAGGAAACAGCAAAAUCUUUCCUGCAAGAAGCAGCUGAAGCUUCAAAGGAGAGAGAAAUUCUACACAAAAGUCUGCUGCAAAGCAAGAACAAACUCCAGAAUUUGAUAUCACAACAUAAGGACUUUGGUGCUGGUUUUGAACCUUUGAAGAAGAAGUUAUCUGCCCUCAAAGCCAAAUUAGAUCUAGAGAAGGAACCACGGCCUGGCUUAAUGGGCAAAAAGACACAACUCCAGAGACUCCAGGUGAUCCAAGAUGACUUGGCAGAGCUUGCAGUUCAAAUGGAGGAGGUGGAGAAGCUUGUUCAGUCAAAUACCACACACAGGCAUGAAAUGAACCAACUUUCGUCUGACUCUCAGGCCCUGAAGAGAGCACUGGAGAUGAUGAUACAGCAGAGCAAAGAGCAUAUUCAGAAGCACUGGGUGUACAACGACAAACUCGCUGACCUCCAGCAGUGGAUCGCAGUAACUGUGGAGAAGAUUGAUGCCUACCAGGGUGCUGAUGGAGAGCAGAACACUGAUGACAGGGUGGCAUGCCUCGAGAGAUGGCUAGCUGAGUUUCCAGAUAAGGAGAUCCAGCUGUACCUUGUGGAAGCUCAUGGCCAGCUGGUCAUGGAGAAUUCUUCCCCAGAGGAGACUGCGCAUAUCCAGGCAGAGCUGGAUCAGCUGAAGGAGUUGUGGAGAUCACUGAAGGACAUGGCAAGUGGUCUUCUCGAAAAGUGGCAGUUAAAUAGGCCAGUGGCUGAUAAGAAGAAAAUGGCAUUUGUGGACAACAGAUGGAUGUCUGGACCUGUCUGCCAUCUUUUAGAUGUAGAUCCCAACCAUAAGCAGGAGAAGAUAGGAGAUGGGCAAAAUGCGAGCAACCACUUGAAGAUCCUACAUGACUUUGAAGGGUGGUUACAAGGAGAAAACACCAAACUGAACAAAAUUCUUGCUGUGACUUCAUCUUCCUCAGAGGAAAUUAAAGCACGUCAGAGAAAACUGGAGGAGCUUCAGUCUCGUGUGCCUUAUGGUCAGUGUCUCUUUGAGGUCCUUCUUCAUAUUCAUCCUGUCAUGGGAAACACUGACCAUCUGGAGGACCUGCAUUACCGGUGGUUGCUCUACAUAUCUAAACUGAAAGAGUCCAUGCGUUCACCGAGUCCUGGAUCUUUAGAAGAAUCAGACAGAUUCAGAAAGAAGCCCUCUGGAGGUGUGUGCUCAUUCCUGCAUCGAGUGUGCUGGGCAGCACUGCCAUUUCAACUACUCCUCCUGCUCCUCCUGCUCCUGGCCUUCCUCUUGCCCCAGGCCGAGGAGACCUGUAACUGUGCACUGGCCAACAACUUUGCUCAGUCCUUCCAGCUGAUGCUGCGAUAUGAGGGCCCACCUCCAACCUAA